AUGAUCCCCUAUCCUUCCCAAAUCCCCGCCGAGGUUUCGGACCAGUUAAGUUAUUUUGAGCACCGAAGUGGUAACCUGCAACUCCGGUGGAAUGUCCGAACCAAGCACGCGCUCGCCACAGUCACCGAUUUCCCAUCGACGGUCCCUGCCGACGUCCCGAUGGAGCCGUCUUCAGACACCUCCAACGUGACCUCCCACAUGGCUCAGUUGAGCCUCCAGACGAACGGCUCUGCUGCAGCCGCGUCCCGGCCUCGAACGGGCAUACCCCGCUACGCCAUUCCCUACCGGCGUCCUGGCAGACCUUCGGCUAAUAACGGCGGUGGUGGCGGCGGCGACGGGCAUUACUCAGUCAGUCCCUCAAUCUCAGAGGGUGCUUCCAGCACCCAGCAAACCCCCACGACACCCAUUACUGUGAGUCCUCGCGGGAGAAACGGCGUUCGGGCUGAAUCCUUUGGGGACGAGAGCUUGCCUGGUUACUACGGUGCCGGCGGCGGUGGCAACGGUGCGGGAUACCGAUAUGGAAGGGCUGCUUCCGUGGGUAAGUUGGCUAUUCUCAGCUGUGUCGGGUUUGCGGCGAAUGUGCUCGAAUUGGGCCAACGUCUACAGUCGGAUCAGCGUCGAGCGACCUCAGUGCCGCACGACACCUCCAACUCCCAGCCCCAGCGGGCAAAGCGAACGCACGGUCACACGCAAUUCACCUCCCCGCACACCUUUGGGCUGACAAGCUCUCCUGGUGACAGGCAAGCCAGGGUGUCACGUGACCCAGCGGUGUGUGGAGUGUGUGCACGCGGGCGCGCUGAUGGUUGUCUUUUAUCUCCCGUGUCUCUUGUAGAUCCCCUUCGAGGCGACAGCGAAUCAGAACACUCGAGCGUAAGUUCUCACUGCUUGCUCUUUCCCAUCCACCUUCUCCGUCGACUGCUCCUCAAAUCUCGUCCACAUGCCUCAUUUACGCUCUGGGUGUUAUCGCGAGAGGAAGGCGGUGACGUGUUGCACGCCGUCCUCUUUCGGCCCCGGCGGCGGUGGUGGUGGCGGUGGAACAUCCAAGCGCCGACGUUUGGCGUCUUAAUCUUUUGUGUGCGCGAGGAGCAUCAGGCCUUCUCCUCAUCAGGUCAGCCUCGAAGGAUAACUUCCAAGAUUGGUUCCCUAGCUAACGCAAACUACAAACCGGGAGGCGGAAAUGUGAAAAUCCUAAGUACCAAGGCGGACUACAGCCAUGCCCAAAGCAAAUGCAACUCCAAGGCAAAUCUGAAAUACAAACCGGUACAACUUUCUGCUUCCAAAGGUGGUGGCGAUGUACAAAUCGUGGACAACAAGCUCACCUUCAAGGAAGAAGGUAAAUCCCGCGUGAAUUCUUUUGCUAAUGCUAAACACGUUCCCGGAGGCGGAAAUGUCAAGGUGAGUAACAUAGAGACCCUCAAACUGGACUUUAGCGAGAAGGCAAAGUCUCAAGUCGGUUCCUUGCAAUGUUCUGCACAAAAGUCUGCUGGGGGCGACACCAAGGUCAACUUGCUCACAGCGUCUGUCGAAACACAAGCAACUCAGCGAUUUGAUGCCUUUUUGUUAUUUCAGAUCUUUGACGAAAAAUUGCCCUGGUUGAAAUACAACAAACCGAAUUUGCCGCCGGAAGAACGAGCGAAGAUUAACAAACAGUCAACCGUCUCUCCCAACGCAACAAACGAGCCCAUUUACACGUCGCGUCACUCGAGCACCACGAGCUGA